AUGAGCGAGGAAAGCUGCUGUGCGGCCUCGGCCCUGCUGCUGUCGAUGCUGGGGCUUGCCUUUCUGAAGGAGGUGGUGGCUGAGACAAACUUCACAGAAUGGCACAAUGCCUUGCUAAGCCUUAAAAGCUGUGCUCCUUCAGAUAAUAGCGACUUUGUGAAGCUGGACAUUCGCUUGAUAGCUGGAAGCCCUACUGUCAGCAAGUCACAGAACAUCCAGAACCGCUCCUUCUCCCCCUGGGAUUACACUGCCGACAGGGACCCCAACCGCUACCCCUUCGUAAUUUAUCAGGCCAAGUGUAGGUACCUGGGCUGUGUGAAUGCUGAGGGGAAGGAAGACAUGUCCAUGAACUCCGUUCCCAUCCAGCGAGAGACACUGGUCCUCCGGAGGAAGACCGAGGGCUGCAACGUUUACUUCCAGAUGGAGAAGGUGCUGGUGACGGUCGGCUGCACCUGCGUCACCCCCAGGGUCUACCAGGUGGGGCCCUGA